AAAUUCCGAUAAAAACCAAACGUAUGCGAAGCAAGAUAGCAUUGAUGAUUCCGCAAGACUAUACCCAAAAAUGCAAAAGGAUGAAGCUGUGGCAUAUUCAUAUGCUAAACGACUUCCUAAUCAAGGAUUUGUUGCCAAUAAAAUCAAUCGAAAUAAGCAAUCAGAUAAUGCUGUAAAAGCCUGCGUAAAUCCCAAAUGCAUUGAUAGAUUAAAAAACUCGUCAAAUAAGGAAAAUUCGAGCAAGGAUAGGCAGAUUCCCGAAAAAAGUAUGAGAUUUGGGGAUGAAGGAUUUGAAAAAAAUAAAGACCACAUUUCUAAAGCUUGUGAAAAUACAAACUGCUCUAAACGAAAAUUCACAAAUGGGGACCAAAAUAAAUAUACAAGUAAAGCGGAUAAAUUGGGUUCUGAAAGAAAAUAUGUUAAGAAGUUAUGUGAGCAUCCCAAAAGUCCUGAUAAAAAAAGCAUACAGAGGACGAAAAAUGAAAAUGGAUAUAAGGCGAAUAGCUCCCGUAAAAUUAAUUCUGAAAAACCACUAUCAAAAGAAAAACCACAAAGCAAAAGAAGAGAAAUGUAUCAAAGAAAAACUCCAAAAGCUACAAUGGAAAGCGAUCCAAUCUUUCAAACACAGAAUCUAGAAAAUAAGAACGUAGAAUACGAAGAAGAGCCACAGCUAUGCCCUGAAGAUUGUUAUAAUCGCCAAACUAAUCAGACUAUCAAAAAUACAAAGAAAAUGGCUAAUGAUUUUCAAGUGUGUGAUCACCCAAAGUACCAAGAUAAGUUGAGAAAAGUUGCCAAUAAUACUAAUUACGAAGAAUCACCAUAUGAAAAAGAAGUGUGUGGGAACCUACAUUGUCCAGAUAAGACCAUUAAAAAGGGAUCGAGAGAGAAGUUCAUAUGACAAAAUCUACGAUUCCGAUGAUCUAGAAUCGUGCAUUUCUGAUUGCCCUCAUCAUCACCGAGUUCUCUUUACCGAUCUCCGUAUAUGUAAGAAUAAACGAAAAUAUAAUAGCCGCCAACGCAGUGGAAGAUCAGAUUUUUUCGUUGAUGGUCACAUUAGACCAAAGACCUGCAAUACGUGCCAGAGAUAUGUUCCACUUGAAAGAGAUCGUCAGGAAAUCAAUAAGUAUUGUACUCCUUGUAAUGCUAAAGAAAAAAUAAAGACCAAAUCCGAAAAAAGCUUAAAAGAGAGUAAAAUCAUCUGUUGCAGGCCUGGUAAAUCAGCACCAAUUUUUGUUAAAAACAGACAUAAUCCCCUAGUGACCGACCCCAUUUUUAAUAGCUAUGAUAAGCACAUGUUGGAAAAUUUCGAAAAAUUCAAAGAAAAAAAUAAACCUGCACAAUGCAUUGAGAAAUGUCCAUUCCCGGAUUACUUUACUCAAAGCAAAGAAAAUAUCCCUGCGAGUGCAUUAUCCUCUGAUUGUAGAUGUGAAAUAAUACCUGAAGAAUACAGUCCUCCGUGUGAUUGUCAAAGUGUCGAAUCUAUAGAACAUGAAGACAACAGAAAAACAAAAUCCAAAAUAUCAUUCUUCAGUUGUUGUACAAAAUCACCUAAAGACGAAAGUAAAUCAAAGCCCGAACUGCAGAAGGAAGAGAAAACUGAAUCAAAGUCGAGUGGAUUUAGCUGUUUAAAACGAAAGGAAAAAACUCCCCAAGACAAUUCAAAGUCUGAAAAAAAAACUAAAUCAAGUGGAUUAUCCUUUUUCAAAGAAAAUGAGAAAAAAACCGCAGAAAAUCCAAACGAGAAGAACUGUUCAAAAUCGAAAGAAUUUUCAUGUUUCAAGCAAAAGGAAAGAAACCCAAAAGAGAAAGAGAAACAAAAAAACGCAACCCCAUCAAAAAAGUCGACUGGAUUUCUCUGUUUUAAAAAAUCUGAAAAACGUCAAAAGGAUGAUAGGCCUAAAUCGCAGGAAAAAUCUUUCGGUGGUAAAAAUGAAAAAAUUAAAAUGGAAGAAGGAAACCAUAAAUCGUCAAAAAGUAGUAGACUUUUUGGGUGGUGCAGAAAAUCAAAAGCUGCUAAGGAGUCUAAUCUAAAAACAGAGAAAGCUCCCUCAGCAACAGAAUGCUCUUGUCCGCCUUCGGAAGAUCAAGAGAUUCCCGUGAUUAAUUCAGCAGUCCAAUUCCGCUGUCCAUGUGCACCCAAAGAAAUCGACGAUGGUGAUGUCAAAGUCCUUUAUGACUCCAGUUUCCGUUUCCAAAAUGAAAGCUGUAGCUGUGGCGAAAUUCCGAAAACCAUAUAUUGCCACAGUGAUGCUCAAACGCCUGGACAGGAUACAUCGGAUUGGUAUGCUUCAUCGCAUGCAGCUUCAACCACAUCAAGGAGCCAGUUUGAGGAGCAGGAGAUCAGUUACUGCCCAUGUGCAAGCGCUAAUGGGUUCUAUAAAAUUGUACGGUAGCUAUGAUUAAGAUUUUCACCAAAAACUAGUUUUUGAUCAAAUUCUUAAUCAUAAUUGCCAAAAAUAUGGUAUUAAGACUUAUGCAAAAUUAAUAUUUUAAUAAAAAUAAAACUCACAU